CAUGCGGUAGUUGAGACUGGCUGGCGGCUGCCGGCAGCGUGCGUUUUCAUAGAACUCCUCGCCCCGAAGCCAGUCUGCAGCCAACAUGUCCAGCAGAAACAACAACAAGCUGCCCAACAACCUGCCGCAGUUGCAGAAUCUGAUCAAGCGGGACCCACCGGCCUACAUCGAGGAGUUUCUACAGCAGUAUAAUCACUACAAAUCCAAUGUGGAGAUUUUCAAAUUCCAACCAAAUAAGCCCAGCAAAGAACUAGCAGAGUUGGUGAUGUUUAUGGCACAGAUUGGUCACUGCUACCCAGAAUAUCUAAGUAAAUUUCCUCAAGAGCUGAAAGAUCUUCUCUCCUAUAAUCACACUGUCCUGGAUCCAGAUCUUCGAAUGACAUUUUGCAAAGCUUUGAUCUUGCUGAGAAAUAAGAAUCUCAUCAAUCCAUCAAGUUUACUAGAGCUCUUCUUUGAACUUCUUCGUUGCCAUGAUAAGCUUCUGCGAAAGACUCUAUAUACACAUAUUGUGACUGAUAUCAAGAACAUAAAUGCAAAACACAAGAACAAUAAAGUGAAUACAGUGUUGCAGAAUUUCAUGUAUACCAUGUUAAGAGACAGCAAUGCAACUGCUGCCAAGAUGUCUUUGGAUGUGAUGGUUGAGCUCUAUAGGAGGAACAUCUGGAAUGAUGCCAAAACCGUGAAUGUUAUCACAACUGCAUGCUUCUCUAAGGUCACUAAGAUCCUAGUUGCUGCUUUGACAUUCUUUCUGGGGAAGGAUGAAGAUGAGAAACAGGACAGUGACUCGGAGUCCGAGGAUGAAGGACCAACGGUAAGAGACCUCCUGGUGCAGUACGCUACAGGGAAGAAGAGUUCCAAGAACAAGAAGAGGAUGGAGAAGGCAAUGAAAGUCCUCAAGAAACAAAAGAAGAAGAAAAGACCAGAAGUGUUUAAUUUUUCAGCCAUUCACUUGAUUCACGAUCCCCAAGAUUUUGCAGAAAAACUACUAAAGCAGCUCGAGAGCUCUAAGGAGAGGUUUGAAGUGAAGAUGAUGCUCAUGAACCUCAUCUCCAGAUUAGUAGGAAUUCAUGAGCUUUUCCUUUUCAACUUCUAUCCCUUUGUGCAAAGAUUUCUGCAGCCCCACCAAAGAGAAGUAACAAAGAUUCUCCUGUUUGCAGCACAAGCAUCUCAUCACCUGGUACCCCCAGAGAUCAUUCAUUCACUACUCAUGACUGUGGCCAACAAUUUUGUUACCGACAAGAACUCUGGGGAAGUCAUGACUGUAGGGAUCAAUGCUAUAAAAGAGAUAACAGCUCGAUGUCCUCUAGCCAUGACUGAGGAGCUUCUUCAAGACCUGGCUCAGUAUAAAACACACAAAGAUAAGAAUGUAAUGAUGUCUGCCAGAACUUUGAUUCAGCUCUUCAGAUCGCUAAAUCCUCAGAUGCUGCAGAAGAAAUUCCGGGGCAAGCCUACAGAGGCCUCCAUAGAAGCAAGAGUACAAGAAUAUGGAGAAUUAGAUGCUAAAGAUUACAUUCCAGGAGCAGAAGUUCUGGAAGUUGAGAAAGAAGAGAACGCUGAAAAUGAUGAAGACGGUUGGGAAAGUGCCAGUCUCAGUGAGGACCAGGAGGAGGCCGAUGGGGAAUGGGUUGAUGUGCACCACUCUUCUGAUGAAGAACAGCAAGAAAUUUCCAGGAAGCUGGACAGCAUGCCGGUGGAGGAGCGGAGAGCCAAAGCUGCAGCCGUCAGCACAAGUCGAGUUUUAACUCAGGAAGACUUCCAGAAAAUCCGCCUGGCCCAGAUGAGGAAAGAGCUUGAUGCUGCCCCCGGGAAAUCCCAAAAGAGGAAAUAUAUUGAAAUAGACAGUGCUGAGGAGACCAGGGGCGAAUUACUUUCUCUUCGGGACAUUGAACACCUUCAUAAAAAGCCAAAGUCUGAUAAGGAGACAAGAUUGGCAACUGCAAUGGCUGGAAAGACAGAUCGGAAAGAAUUUGUAAGGAAGAAAACAAAAAUAAAUCCAUUUUCCAGUUCCACAAAUAAAGAGAAGAAAAAACAGAAGAACUUUAUGAUGAUGCGGUAUAGCCAGAAUGUCCGGUCAAAAAAUAAGCGUUCCUUCCGAGAAAAGCAGCUGGCGCUGCGGGAUGCACUUUUGAAAAAGAGAAAAAGAAUGAAGUAACUUCCAAGCAAAUUUCCAUUCCAAGGAGAAUGCUAAUUUUUGGCCAGGGCUGGGUUUGAACCCACCACCUCUAGAGUAUGGGGCCGGUGCCUACUUGAGCCACAGGCACGGCUCAAAUGAUGCUUCCUAUAACAACAAUUUUAUAAAUAAAAUUGGAUGGUGCAAAUGUAGCUGAGAGGCUUUUAUUCUUUUCUGUGCUUUGAACACUUUGUAAUAUUGCUUAUAAAACAUUUAUACUAAGUUUCUUGAAAAAAUAUAAACACUUGUAGAUUUUCUUUUUUGAGACAGGGUCUCACUAUGUUGCCCUUAGUAGAGUGCUGUGGCAUCACAGCUCACAGCGACCUCCAACUCUUGGGCUUAAGCGAUUAUCUUGCCUCAGCCUCCCAAGUAGCUGGGACUACAGGUGCCUGCUUGUUACAGUUGUCAUUGUUGGUUAGCUGGUCCAAGCUGUGUUCAAACCUGCCAGCCUCGGUGUAUAGGGUUGGCACCGUAACCACUAUGCUGUGGCUGCCGAGCCAACACUUGUAGAUCUUAGCAAGAUCCACUUUGGUGUACCUGCUAUUCCUAAUAUCUGGUUAACACCAAAACUUAACAUUUAAGUUAACAGCAGAGAUGCUUUAAAAAGAAAUUUGGCCACAAAGGAAAAGAAAAUUAAAGACAAAAUGGAUCCUCUAAUUGUGAAGAAGUGUUACAAAUGGGGAAGUUCAAAAGAGUCACGUGGAAACUAAAAGUAAAUAUUUGACACAACUUCUUGUUUUAAGGAUAGAUACUUGAGUCUUCUGCUUUUUAAAUAUUUUAAACAAUUUAUUUUAAUUGCAGUUGUGUAAGAAAUACAUAGAAUGUAGAAAACAGUGAAACAAGUAUCUCCCAAUUUUAUUCAUUGUUAAUAUUUUGCCUUUUUUUUCUCUUUAAAGAAUUAGAACAUUAAGCCCCUCCUGCACUUCCCUCCUUCUUAGGGAUAACCAUCAUCUUGAAAUUGAUGGCCUUUCACUCCUGUGUUGCUUUUUGUAACUAC